GUGGCUGGCCAGGUGCGGCGAUUUAAACGAUCGGCAUCAUGGCGAUGCGCGCUCGGCCGCGGCGGGCGCCCCUUCCCGUUUUUUCGGUAUAUUUUUAGCAAUAUCGCAUAUAAAUACUCCCGUUGCGAAGAAACGUUAUUUCAACGUAACAUCGAUGAGCGGCGAUCGGAUCGAAAAUGAGCAAGGGCUGCUGGAAAUUCGACGAGGAGGACAAAGCCUUGUACAUAGAUCUGGAGGAGGAGGACACGGAGGAGGAUAAGCGGUGCAAGGAGUACAGCGCCUGGGAUCAGAUACCCGACAUCCUGCUGGAGGAGAUAUUCUCGUAUCUGACGAUACGCGAGCGUUACUAUGCGUCGCUGGUGUGCCGCUCGUGGUAUCGCGCCUUCAAGCUGCAAAACGUCUGGUCCACGUUCACCCUGGAGGACACCACCCUCACGCGGGGCAAGUUCAACUACUACAGCGGCUGGCAGUACGUCCUGGAUCACAUCAGAACGUCCACCUGCCUGAACAAGGUCGGCCGGAACUUCCGCACCCUCGUGUUCGAGCCCAUGCUGAACUUCUACAACCUCUACGAGUUCAUGAACAUGAUAUCGUGGUACGCCGAGCGGCAGGGCUCGGACAACACGUCCGUGGCCGGCGUGGGUACCUACGUGCGCCGGCUCAAGUUCACCUUUCCCUGCAACAUGGCGAACAGGGACGAUCCCGAUCGGAUCCGGGUCUUCGGCACGGGUGGCAAGCUGCUGGAGGCGCUCAAGAGGCUCAUGAGGAAUCUGCAGAAUCUCCGGUGCCUGGAGCUGAUAGAUCUGAUGCUCGAGAGCAACGAGGCGUUGCACCUGAUGGACGACAUCUGCACGAAUUGCACGCAGACUCUGUCGAAAUUGAUAUUGAUAAAUACCACGCGUUACAAUUGUCCGUUACUACACGUAGGAGUCUUCAUUAACUUAAACGUCUUAGUUAUCAGUCCCCAAAAUUUGCACGAGGACAUAAUAGAAUUAAUAGGCUACACAAAAUUAAGGCACCUGCAUAUUCUGCAGAAUCGAUAUAGUCCAAAGGACACCACCGUACGAUUGCCAAAGAGGUCGUCUUGGGUCAAAAUGAAAGUGAGCAAUCCCUAUUUGAAAGUGCACUUUGAGAUAGAGAGUUUCAAAGCCACGGAUAUCCUUCUGCCUAUGGAUUUAUUGGAACAUAGCGCCAUACCGUGUCACAGUAUAGUACUGGAUAAUCCGAACACACAAAUCUCGCCGUCCAUGGUGCUCACACACGCAGCGUUCUUCGACUCGACGAUACGGGUGUACGCUUUCAAGGGAAUAACGAGAUACUAUCUGCACAGGAGCUUCACCAAGAGAUUGGACGAGGCGUUAGUGCAAUUCUGCCGAAUGUGCCCGAACCUGCAUACACUGAUGAUCCGAGAUAAAAUAUCGACCGCUACGAUUUUAGAGAUUGUCUCGACCGCGAAAUGCUUGCGCUGCUUGUACGUUCGGCGUAACGUAGUCCUGAAGAGAUGUGAUAGAGCCUGGUCGAAAAUUCUGGACCGAUCACCCGAGUAUUAUCGUUGGAUCAAGGCAAACAGCCGUAGCUACGAGAACACGGAGAGGGAGGUGUCCAGAAUACUGGGUUAUCGAUGGCACAUGUUGUCCGAGAAAGAAUUUAAGACGCAAAUAUUAAAUUUGCAUAUAUAGGCCGCUUGUGGAGCGAUUUAUGUGUGUCACGGUAAAAAUAUAAAAUUAGCAGUUGUAUGCAUUUACUAGGAAAUUUUUAUACUAAAUUAAUAAUGUAUUAACAAAAUUAUUCAUUUUUAUUCUUUACUAAAACUUUAAAUAUAUGUAAUUACUAAUAGGAGUAUACAAUUGAUAAAUUUUGUUUUUACUGUGACACACGCAAGAACCCGCUUGUUUUUGUAAUUCUGAAAUCUUUUUAUAUAAGUAUUAAUUUAUUAUAUUUAUAUAAUGAAAUGAGGCUGUAGAUUGGUUGCCACGACUGUACGCUUAAUAUUAGUGAUAAGUCUUGUAAAUUACGUGCAAUGUUAUUUUUAUGUACCAUUGUAUUGUAAUUGUGAUUGUAAAAGUUAUUAUUGUGGAUAUAUCGAAAGAGAUUGAAAUGUACUUAAUUAAAAAGUUACGUUAUUAUAUAAUUUCGUGAUUGUUGUACGUUUUUUGUUUUUUAAAUGGAAUUGACUGUGAUCGACAUUCUUAACCGCCGAAGAUAAUGGGAUCUGCUAGACAUUUAUUGGACUGUUUCUGUGGAGAAAGAUGUAUAAUAAUAAUAAAACAGGCAAUUUUAUCGUUGA